AUGGCGUCAACUAAGACAAACAUGGCCGAAGGGCAGGAAAAAGACAUAUCUGAGACAACGACAACUAUGCAAGCUGACCUUAUUGACCAAGAAAGCGUUAAAAGUGGAAGUACCGUAAGUACAAAGAUUCAAAGUCUACGAAAUAAUAAGAAAUUAGCCAAAAGUAGAAUGACUAAAGCCAAAAAACAGUUGAGUGACCUUAUUGAAAAUCGACCACAAGAUGUUGCACUACCUAGCAAGAAUGCUGUAAGAAGAGCCGUACAUAAAAUUAAUUCUGAGAUGAAUAUUAUUACGAAGAUUAUCGAUAGUUUGAAAGGAGUGUAUUCCAUGACUGAGGAUAAUGAAGAGACUAAUACAGUAAUAUAUACAUUAGACAAAGAGUUAGAGGACAUUGGAUAUUCAGUUGAUGUAAUUAUUGAAGGAGCAGAAAAACAUAUAGAAGAUAGAAUUAAUGCAGGGGAGACCGAGUCAGUAUUACUUUCACUUAAAUCGCAUGUUAGUGUGGAUAAAGAUUCAGUACCCUCCAAUGUACCCCCCAAUGUACCCCACAAUGUACCCUCCAAUGUACCCCCCAAUGUACCCCCAAUGUACCCUCCAAUGUACCCUCCAAUGUACCCUCCAAUGUGCCCCCCAAUGUACCCUCCAAAGUACCCUCCAAUGUACACCCCAAUGUGCCCUCCAAUGUACCCUCCAAUGUACCCUCCAAAGUACCCCCCAAUAUACCUUCAACAACACCUUCACAUGUAG